CUAAAUGGACUUCUUUCUGUUCCUUAUACAUGAUACCCUAUAGCAAAGCUUCUUAAACUGUGGGUUGAGAUCCCACGUGGGGAUCAUGUAACUGAAUGUGGAGGUGGCAGAAAAUUUGGUAACAGUAAAGUUUCUGAAUGCUCUACAUCUUGCAGAAUCAAAUAUUCCAAGAUUUAAUUCUUUAUGUAGAAAUAAACAAACACACUCAUCAAGUUAGCGUGCAAAUUUGCUUUAUUUGUGGGGUCUCUUGAUUGUGGUUUUACUUUCAUCCAAACCACCUCUUCCACCUACCAUCAGCACUUAAUGAUCCCUUUAUUCCCACCCUCCCCUUUUUUCUGUUUAACCCCAAACAGCCAGAUUCUGGGUAGAGAUAAGAACUCUUGUUUAAUAUCAAUAAGGGGCUAGGGGGUCUCCCUUUUAGAACAGAGUGUUUACCCACAAAUAACCCCUCCCCUUCCAUGGAAGAUGACAAGGGGAUGAGGAACCCUGGGAUGUCCAGAUCUGCUGCCUGCAUUUACAAGUCUCCCUGCUCCUUGGAGGGAGAGCCUAGCCCAGGUCUGGACAUCAAGCCUAGGAUGCCCCAGUCUCCUGGAGGUUCCACCCCUCAGCCCCCAGGCUCCCAACAGUCUUGUUUCCACAACAGGACAGGCUGUGUGCCCUGUAAACUCGGUCCCUCCCCAUUCCCAACCCUACGGCAGGGACACUGUGACCUGAAUGGAGGUGGCAGUUCUGUAGCCUAACUCUUCUAUCCAGAGCACCUUUUAAGAAUGAGUUGGGUGCGACCCCUUCCCCCGCCCCUCUAAACCCAGGAUCUCACAGCAAUUUCCCCCUCCCCACCCUUAAUGAGGAACUUUUCUCCUUCUGCCAGAACCGAUAAUUCCUUAUGUUCACAGGAUCUGUAUGUGUAUGCAUGUGAGGAUUUGUGUACUUAAGAUUGUAUGGAUAUGCACGUUUGUAUUUAUACAUGUGUGUAUUUAUGCAUAUGUGUGGAAAGCUGUUUAAGUAUACUGCAUGUGAAUGUAUGUGGCAAAUUGCUAAUUUUAAAGCCAGGAUCCCCAGGAUCUGAGUUCAAGUCUCACUUCCAAGGCUCUGAAUCUUCAAUCAACAAACAAGCAUUUAUUAAGCAUGGUCAGAGAAAGCUGAGUUUGAUACCAGAGGUCCUGGGUUCAAAUCCAGCCUCUAAAAUUUCUCCUCCCUCAUCCCCAACUUUGGACAUGUCACUCUCUCUCUCAAAUUUUGCCUCACACUCUAGCUCUGUGAUCCUAGGCAAGCCGUGGUGCUGGAUUUAGCAACAAGCCUUGGAGACACAAAGAAGUUUAUUAUCUACCCAGCACUGACACUAUGAACAUACAAGAAUAUACAGUAUAAAGAGAUACUGUUGUUGGUACUUCCUUCUCAAAAGGACCCAGGACAUCAGGGAGGUGAUGCUGCGACAGGCAAGUAAAUGGGAUUGAAGUGAGGAAAGGCUGGGCAAAGUCACCUGCCUCACUUUCCCCUCCAGAACCAUCUGGGUUCAGUGGCCAGAUAGAGAUCAGGACCACUGGAGAUGGGUCAGGAGGUUUGGGAAUGGGAGUAGGGGAGGGGAAAAAAGGUACCUAACAUCAGAAACACUGGCAUUUGAGAAGAACCUUGAUGGCUUCUAAGGCUUCUGAUAUAGGUGAGGAGGGAGAACAAAUGUGGAGUGCUAUGUAUGAAGAAUAGAAAAUCAGUUUAGCUGGAUAGAAGCGUGCAUGUAAGGGAAUAAUAGGAAACAAACUGGAAAGGCCAGAUUGGGGAGGGUUUCAAAUGUCAAAUGGAGGAGUUUAAAGCAGGUAAAGAGGAAGCCACUAGAGUAAGCAAAGUGACGUAUAUAUGUAUGUAUACACACAUAAUUAUAUAUAUAUAUGAACAUCUACUUCCCUGUCUGUUGUAGCCCCUAUGUUUGCAACCCUUCUUCUCUAUUCUUAUUGUUUUCAUGUAUCUUCCUAAGAUUGAGAGCUGGAAGGAAAUUUAGUCAUCCACAGCCCCCCACUCCCUCAACUCCUGCUUCCCCUAUUUUAACCUCCCCACUCCCUGACUUCCCUUGUUUACAGAAAACUGAGACGCAGAGAUUAAGUGACAGAGCCAGUAAGCAUCUGAGGCAGAAUUCAAAAGGGAAAAGAGGUAAACUGAAUUUGAAUCCAGGAUCUUUGAGAGCAAAUUCAGCUAUCUAUACUGUAUUACAAUGUACUGGAGAGGGGAAGGUGUAGGGAGAAUUCCCAAAACUUGUUUUCCUCAUCUCAGGAUCCAGUCUCCUCUCCUGCCGAAUCUCCCGUGGGUUAAUAAUUAUUGGGGAUCCCAUUACAGCUGAGUCUGGGCCCCUUCCCAGCCUCAGCUGCCUUUGACCUGUCUCGGCUUUGGGAGGGGUCUUGCUUUCCAGCCAAACAGAGCCCCGGGCUGGGUCCCGCCUCCUCCCUGGAUUACUUUCCCGGGACAUAUAAAGCCGAGACCCCGGUGGGGUUCCUCCCAGAGGAAAGAGCCUCUGCCCACCUCCAGGACACGUGGGCGCCGCGGCUGCUGUGGCCCCUCCUCUUCGAUUCCCUUCAGCAGCACCAUCGCCUUCCCCCACUCGGUGCCUUAGCCUCAUACCCACAAUGUUACUAUGGCCCAACCAGCCAGAACAUCUGUGGCCCAGCCCAGGGGAGCUCUACCCCUGUCCCCCUAGCAAUCUGCUCAGCAGGGAGUCCCUGGCACUGCCUUACCUGAAGCAGGAGGACCCUUCUACCAUGUCUACCUCAGACAUGCACUGUCCAGUCUUCCAAUACGUCCUCUGUGCUGUCACCUCUCCUGCUGUCAAGCAACAUGAAGAAACACUAACCUACCUGAACCAGGGGCAAUCUUAUGAGGUACGGAUGCUCUGUAACCCCAAACUAGGGGAUGCUUCCCAGUGGCCCCGCCUACUGAAGAGCGUGGUACGUGUGGUCUUCCAUGACCGCCGCCUGCAGUACACAGAACAGCAGCAGCUGGAGGGCUGGCGCUGGAGCCGCCCAGGGGACAGGAUACUGGAUAUUGAUGUGCCCCUGUCAGUGGGGGUUGUGGAGCCCCAGAUGCUGCCCUCACGCCUCAACACAGUGGAGUUUCUUUGGGAUCCUGCAAAAAGGACAUCUCUCUUCUUGCAGGUAAAUUGCAUCAGCACAGAGUUCACCCCUCGAAAAAAUGGUGGAGAGAAGGGUGUCCCCUUUCGCAUCCAGAUUGACACCUUCAAGCCAAGUGACAAGGGGAUACCUAUAGAACAUCUGCAUUCAGCCAGCUGCCUCAUAAAAGUCUUCAAGCCUAAAGGGGCUGACAGGAAACAGAAAACUGACAGAGAGAAGAUUGAGAAGCAGUCACCACAGGAGAGAGAAAAGUACCAGCCAGCCUAUGAGACUACUGUCUUCAUAGAAGGGAUCACAGUGUUUACCAUGGCCUUUCCCCGCCAGUGUUCACCAUGGCCUGAAACUUCUACUGGUCUUCACACUUCUCCCAGCCCUCCGGGCCUGACUUCUCCCCACUCUUUCAAAUUCCUGACUCAUGAGAGGAUCUGUUCCUCCCCACCCUUCUCUCUGGACAACUCAGUGGACAGUCCUGGUGAGGCUCUCAGCCCCGGGGCGUCUAUUUCAGAGACUCAGCAGUGGUUACAUCGCCAUCGCUUCUCUGGCUACAGUAGGUUGCUGGCCAACUUCACAGGUGAAGAUUUGCUAAAACUCUCCCGCCAGGACCUUAUCCAGAUUUGUGGAGCUGCAGAUGGGAUCCGUCUCUCCAAUACCCUCAAAGCAAGGCCCAUCCGUCCCAGGCUUACCUUGUACGUGUCUCCUGAGGCCCUGAAGCCAGGAAGUGAGAGCCCACAGAGUCCAGACUCAGGGUCUUACCAGCAGGUAUAUCUUGAUGAACUCAGCACUGCUGAAUUGACUGGAAAACUGGCUGACCUCCUGUCUCUCCCAGCCAAUCAAAUCCAUCGGCUUUUUCGCCAAGGCCCUACUGGCAUCCACGUACUCAUCAGUGAUCUGGUAGUCCAAAAUUUGGUGGAUGAAUCCUACUUUGUGGCUGUGGCAAAGAAAGUUCAGAAUCCAGAUGGCUAUCACUUGUUUCUGAGUUAGACCCCAAUAGGGUAUCCAGUCAAGACCAGAAGAAACGAAGCAACCAAAUAAGCUGAAUCACUGCUAGGCCCUAAUUGUGGCCACAAAUAGUUUAAAAACUCCAAAUACUUGAGACUAGUGCAUGUGUCAAGCAGCUGUCACAGGCUUCUGCUCUUCAUUUCCUGGAGAACAGGAAAAACAGGAUAAACUCCUGCUUCUAGCCUGUUUCAUUCUUGCUCACCAAGAAAGGCACACAGAGUCCUAGGCUCAAAAGGCUUGGCCUUAUCCAGGCUGCACCAGGAAGAGGCAUUCUGAAAGAAAUGGCACUGUGAGACUAGCCAUGAAGUGUUGGUUGCCCCCUGAUGGAAUGUUUCUCAAAUCCUUAUGUGAAGGAGACUAUCCAUCAACAUCACUGCGAAUUCUCAACUGCUGGCCGGCCUACUCAUACUUGUCCUGUACCCCAACCUUUUUUUCUUAUAAAUUCAUUAAAAAUAAACAAACAAACAAAAAA